UGCUGAGAAAGUGAAAGGAAGCGGUACAGAGAGUAGCAACAGGAGCUGCAUAUUUAAUACUUGUCUGUGCUUCAUGCUGUGACCAGGUGACUGUUCAGGGUGAGGAGGGCAUGUGCCUAGGAUUGGCAGGAGCUAGCCCUACCAGAAAUUUGUGUUGAGUUACUGCAGCUUGAUUACAAGUCCCAUGCAAUGAGGAUCCAUUUGAAGAAAUCGCCGCUGCUCAUAAAAACAUGCACACUGGCUGGCUUUUUUAUGAUCGCUUAUCUGGUAGUGGAACUUUCCGUCUCCGCUUUUCACACUUCAGAGGUAGAUUUACCCACAACAAAACGGAAGGGGGAAAGGGAAUUUUUCACCACAGAAGAGCGCAAUGAGGACUUGAGUAAGCCAGUUUAUGAAAAGCCUCUACCAAAUCCGAACAGCCCUGGAGAAUGGGGUAAAGCCGCGCGCCUGCAGCUGGGACCUGCUGAGAAAAAAAUGGAGGAAGAGACCAUUGAAAAAUAUGCUAUAAAUAUUUAUUUAAGUGACCAGAUAUCAUUGCAUCGCCACAUACAGGAUAACAGAAUGUAUGAGUGUAAAUCAAAGACUUUCAGCUACAGGAAACUUCCUACAACAUCUGUCAUUAUUGCUUUUUACAAUGAGGCUAUGUCAACACUGCUCCGAACGAUACAUAGCGUUUUAGAAAUGUCUCCUUCGGUGCUUCUGAAAGAAAUUAUAUUGGUGGAUGACUUCAGUGAUAAAGUGUAUUUAAAGUCUCAACUAGAAAAUUAUAUUAGCUCCCUACAAAGAGUGCGUUUAAUAAGGACGACCAAACGGGAAGGCCUGGUGCGCGCACGGUUAAUUGGAGCCACAUACGCCAUAGGGGAAGUGCUCACUUUCCUGGACUGCCAUUGUGAGUGCAUCACUGGUUGGCUAGAACCACUUCUGGAGAGAAUUGCUGAAAACGAGACAGCAGUAGUCUGUCCGGUGAUUGAUACAAUUGACUGGAACACAUUUGAAUUUUAUAUGCAGACCGGUGAGCCCAUGAUUGGAGGAUUUGACUGGCGCCUUACAUUUCAGUGGCAUUCGGUACCGGUAAAGGAGAGACAGAGGCGAAAAUCUAGGAUAGACCCAAUCAGAUCUCCAACAAUGGCUGGAGGGUUGUUUGCAGUGAGCAAGAAAUAUUUUGAAUAUCUUGGAACGUAUGACAUGGGAAUGGAAGUGUGGGGAGGAGAAAACCUUGAAUUAUCCUUUAGGAUCUGGCAGUGUGGCGGCACUCUGGAGAUUCAACCGUGUUCUCACGUAGGACAUGUGUUUCCUAAGAAGGCGCCAUAUGCCAGACCAAACUUUCUGCAGAACACGGCCCGGGCAGCUGAGGUAUGGAUGGAUGGCUACAAAGAGCAUUUCUACAAUCGAAACCCUCCUGCAAGAAAGGAAAAAUAUGGGGAUAUUUCAGAACGGAAAGUGAUCAGAGAACGUCUGCAGUGCAAGAGUUUUGAUUGGUACUUGAGAAAUGUAUUCCCAGACUUGCAUAUACCAGAAGAUCGCCCGGGCUGGCAUGGGGCAAUCCGCAGUAUGGGAAUAUCCUCUGAGUGUUUGGAUUACAACGCCCCAGAUCACAACCCUACUGGAGCUCAUAUUUCCCUGUUUGGGUGCCACGGACAAGGUGGUAACCAGUUCUUUGAAUAUACAAGCAACAAGGAAAUUCGCUUUAAUUCCGUUACUGAAUUAUGUGCGGAAGUGCCUGAACAUCAGACCUACAUUGGAAUGAGACAAUGUGCAAAAGAUAGUACCCCCAUUCCAGAAAAUAUUAUUUGGGAAUUUAAACAUGAUGGAACAAUAUACCAUCCACAUUCAGGAAUGUGCCUUAGUUCAUACCGUACGUCCGAAGGUAAAGCAGAUGUGCAGAUGGAAGACUGUAAUGCUUCAAAUAAAAAUCAACUUUGGAAGUUUGAGUGGUAGAAAUUUAUAGAGGAAACCAGCAAGUUAUGGACUCAAAAUUUGAAAAGGAAUUGUCUUUUGUUCAUAAAGAAAAAAACUGAAACCACAACAAUUUCCUUCUGUAAAGACUUUUUUUUCACCAUAUUUAAAUGCGUUGUCAUAAAACUGGUUGCCAACAUUUAAUUAUUUGUGUAAUAUUCUAAAGUGCCUUUUACACACUGCAGGCUGCUGUGUAGAUUUUUAAAUAUUUGUUGAAUGGUACUUAACGCAUUUGUCAAAAUCCCUCUGUAUUGUUUUUUUGUUUUGUGUAUGUUUCAUGAUGUGAAUCUAAUUCUGAAAUGUGUGGUGGGAUUUUUCAGAGAAGAAAGAGAAAAUAUGUUCUUUCCUUUGUAGACCUAUGCAAAAUUGUAUAGCUUGGCAUUGCUUAACUUCAAAGUUUAAUUCUUGUUGACCACAUCACAGUAUAUCAUAAUAUUGGAGUGAAGACCAAUUAAUUUUAUGUUGGAAGAUGUUUCCACCAGGGGCUAAAUGGCAAGGGACAGUGACAGCUGAAUGAGUGGAUGUGCUUUUGCACCCUUUAAAUCCCAUAGAACACCCUGUGAUUUUCUAAUCAAUAGCUAAUUCUAACUUAACACAUUUAUGAAGGGUUAUUUUGUUUACUGUUCCUGAAUAGAGCUGCUUUGUAUUUGGAAUCUACUUAGGUAUUUUUAUAUGUUUGGAAACUAUAAAUUGUACCUACAUUUUUAUUCCCUUGUUAAAUAGUGCUAUAUCUCUAUGCACCUUUGUAUGCAUAUUUACAGAUACAUAUCAUGCACAGAUUUCUGGUAAAUCUGAUGCAAAGGAUACCUUGGCAAAGAAUAUAUUUUUAAAUAUUUUUUUUUUUACCUUUGUAUUCAAUAAGGAGGUUGGUGGGACAAAAUAAUUUAAAAUAAUGAAAAUGAUUUUUAAACUACUGAUCACCAUUUUAAGUUGUAUCAAUGUUCCUUUAUAUCUAUGUGUUAAUUUAAAUUUGUUUAUAAGAAAAGUAGAAAAAUCAUUGAGAAAUAAAAUAAAUAUUUUUUCCAAUGGCA